CGUGUUAUGAUUUAACUUUUCAGCAUGCUACACGAGCACUUUCUCUGUUUUCAUCUGAACAGAAAAUUCAUGAGUUUGAUUCACUUUGAAUCACAGACUGAAAUGUUUAUAUUCUUCAGGCUUUUUGUAUGUCUCGUGAUGUUUUUUGUCUGUUUCUCACAGGCAGAGAUAUCGUGCUUAAAUGAGGAUGGCCAACCUGUGGACUGGUUCCUUAUUUACAAACUUCCCAUUUAUAAGAUGGAGGUUCAGGGAAGUGGGGUGGAAUACAUGUAUCUGGACCCAUCAUUCAUGAACUGGCAGUUGAGUAAACAUACAGUAAACAGCAGUAAAGGAGCUUUAAGCAAAACAAUGACACAGCUCUACUCCAGAUAUACAUCCAACAGUUCAGUCUAUAUUCUGUACAAUGAUGCCCCACCAGAACUGAAGUACCCGAGCAAUUAUGGGCAUACAAAAGGAGUGAUUUUAUUUGAUCAGUCUCAGGGAUUCUGGAUCACACACAGCGUUCCUCAUUUCCCUCCAUUUCCAGAGAGAGAUUACAGUUAUCCGGCAUCGGGAAAAUACUAUGGCCAGACCCUGCACUGUAUUACAUACAGUUACACACAGUUACCUCAGAUAUCACGGCAUCUAGCAUAUAUUGGCCCACGUGUAUACAACUGUUCUGUCCCUGUGGCAUUUCGCACACUUGCAGUCAUGGCACAAAUUUGUGAUGGUAAGACUCCGGCCAUAAAAACCAGGAGGAGUCUGGAGAAGCUGUUAUCAGCUGGAGGACAGACCUUUUUCAGUUUUGCCAAAUCACAGAGCUACGUAGAUGACAUUUACACAGGUUGGGUGGCCCAAGCUUUGGACACAGAUCUGCUUGUGGAAUCAUGGCUGCACAAGGCACAUCGUCUUCCCUCCAACUGCUCUCUCCCACGGCAUGUGAUGAACAUUAAAAGAGUUUGUCUCCCAGGACUGCAGCUGUUCAGCUCCUAUGAGGAUCAUUCCAAGUGGUGUGUGUCUAAUGCAUUCAAAGACCAGUGGACAUGUCUAGGAGACUUGAACAGAGACAGUGGUCAGGCUGGCAGAGGUGGUGGACUGAUAUGUUCUCAAAACCCAGUCAUUUAUAAAGCCUUCCGUCAGGCAGUGGCUGAAUAUACAUAUUGCUACAGUAAAUCAGAGACCCGUUCAGGAGACUAAACCAGAUGAGAACUCGCUUUUAUAUUUGAGAAGAGUUUCGUCUUCCUUCAAUACAAAUUAAAGGCAAAAAUGUAAAUAUGGUAAAUGUUUGAUUAAAUGAAUUUGAAUUAUGACAUUCAGUACGUGGAAUUGGAAAUAAGAUUGUCCUAAAGAGAAAAUGCUAAUUAAAAUAUAAAUAUAAACAAGCAUCCAUACCCUACAGACACCACAACAACUGAAAGUUGAAUGUAUGGCAGAUAAGAGUUCUUUGGGGGAAAAUAUGAAUGUGUGCAAAAUAAGUUUUUAUUAAAUUCCUAUUUCAAGUAUAUAUUGCUUUGAGAGCAUAUAGUAUAUGGACAUUUUGUCAUAUUGAUGUGAAACAAUACACAUUACUGCUGAAACAAAGUAUAUAACAACAAACUGAUACUAGUAAUAAUUUU